AUGGCGCUGACGAAUGACAAGCCCUCUGCGAAGAAGAUUGUUUGUGACAACUGUGAAAGCGAAGAUCCUGCUCAAAGCCGUUGCAAUGAAUGUGGAAUAUUUCUUUGUCAAUAUUGUUCGGAGUUUCAUAAACGAUCUCGGCCAACGAAACAUCACGAGCUGGUAACCAUGGAGCAGUUGAAAUCCAAUGCAGGUCCACAGAACAUUGCCGAGAAGAUGCGAUGCCCUAAACACAAGGAAGAAGUCAUCAAAUUGUUUUGUAAAACAUGUAAAACAACCAUCUGCAGAGAUUGCACCAUCGUUGAUCAUCAGGGGCAUAAAUAUGGAUUUGUCGAAGAAGUCGCUGUCGAAGAAAAACGUCAUUUGCAAAGAAAUCUUAACGAAGUAAAGCAAAGAAAAGGAAGAAUUGCACAGGGAAUUGUAAACCUGAAGAAAUUUAAUGAAGGUCUCGAGACUAAGAAGACGUCAACAAUUUCAGAAAUCAGUCGGCACUUCGAUCAACUUUUGAAAGCUGUGGAAUCUCAGAAAGGAGAAAUGAUGGAAAAAGCAACUUUCUUCACAAAUUCCAAACAAAAACAGAUUCAUGCGCAGUUAGAGGUCUUAGAAGUGGCUUUAGCAAGUUGUGAAAGCAGCAUCGAGUUCACAGAGCAAGCGUUCAAGAAUGGCAACGAUGUUCAAAUAUUGAGCAUGGAGAAGUACAUUUUGCAGUCUUUGGAGCAGUUGAAAGCUGUUAAAGAUCAAACGAAACCUUGUGCCACUGAAGACAUGGUGUUUAUCAUUCCUUCGUCGGUGCAGGAAACAAAGAAAAAGCUGUUGACAAAAUAUGAUGUUGACGUUGCUGUCGCAAAUCCUGCAUAUUGCCACGCUUCGUUCAAGGAAGAAGAAAAAAUGUUUGAUGCUGGGAAACAAUACUCCGUAACAUUAGUCUGUCACGACAAAAAUAACCGAAGAUUAAGGUACGGAGGUCAAGACAUCAAACCGUUGUUCACUGGAAUGGAGGUCAGUGAUGUGGCCGUUACUGAUAAUAAAGAUGGCUCCUACACUAUCAGCUUUUGUCCUCGUCAGGGUGGCAUGUUAAAGUUUGAGGUGUCCAUCAAUGGAACUCCUGCUCCAAAUUGUUCUCUGGAAAAAGAGGUGAAGUGGGUGAUAAGUGAUGCUCAUGGUAAAGGUGCUAUCACUAAUGGUGGAGGUACAAUGAAUGGUGAUGGUAGUUACUGUUGGAGAAUCGGUGGACGUUAUUUUGAUUCUGGAGUUCACACGUGGAAAGUGCGAUUGAGUACCAACAAUGCAUAUGAUCCUUAUAAUGAUUAUAAUUAUAAUUAUAGUCAACCCAGUGUUGAAGUUGGAAUCAUCGACUAUGACGAAAUUAAUGCAGAAAUUGGUCAACGCAAAGGUUGCUCAAAGCAGAUGUUGCUCAAUGCUAAUGCAGAUGUUGCUCAAAGCAAAAAAAAGUGGGUUCAAAAUUGUACUGUUCAAAGAGGCCACAAUAUUGAUAUUAACUUUACUUUGGAAAUGGAAAAAAGAACAUUGAACGUCAAGGUUGUUAAUCCGAGAUAUCGUAAGUCUGGUGGCAGUGGUACAAACUAUCAGUUCACUGCACGUCGUGUUUCACCUUUCUUUGCGUGCAACUCAGCUAAUCUGAGUAUUAGUUUAGUGGAAUGA